UGAUUGGCUGCUGUGAGUCCAUUUAAACCCAACGAAUCCUACUGGAUCGUUUAGGUGAGUGUUUGGUGGAAGUAUUGGGAUUAAUCUCAGUAAGUUUUUAUAUAGCAGACUCUGUAGAGAGUAUUGAGGUCGCUGCUGAGGAUGGGGCUUUGGUUCGUGAUGCUGUGGGUGUUCAGUAUGCAGUACGGUGAGGUGGAUGCUUUCUUUGACUGGCUGAAGAAGUCUGCCCAAGCUCCAGAUCCUGCUCCUGCUCCUCCAGAGGAAACUAUUGCCCCCAUUCUGCUCCACGGAGAGACUCCUGCCUUUGAAAUGAGUGUCGUUGAUGAGAAGUUUUUGGCAGAAGCAAAGCAGAUGGAACUCAGUCCACUGGAUAGCUGCCAUUUCCGGGUUGUUGCUCGGCUCAAAGCUGCUUGCAGCGGCCUGUCAGAGGAGCAGCUGGCCAAACUGGGCGUGGCUUUGUUCAACUGCCAAUCAGAGGUGGAGGGUCGCAGGACUUACCCUUGCACUGAAGAAAUGUCUAUAAAAGAGUGCACCAUGGACAUGGACUCAGACACAUGGAGCGCGUAUCACAUUGUCAGUAACCGAGCGCGCUCUGUGUGUUACGCCACGCGCCAGCAGCACUUCCGCAAGCGAGCCGAGCUUACUGUCAACGCCCUGAUCUCCACCGCAACUAACCAACUAGAUGCUAUGAAAGAUCUAAAGGAGGGUCAGAAAGAGCUGAAGGAGAUGACUGCUGUGUCACUGGACAAGCUGCUUGAGGGUCACAGCGCCCUACAGCUCCAGCAAGGGGCCCUGAAGGAAGGGCAGGGGCAGCUGGAUGCCUCCAUCAGUCAAAACCUGCGGAGACUGGCGCAGGAGAAAGCCCUCAUCAGCACCGGGCAGCAGCUGGUGGCUCAGUUAAUUCAGGGCAUCACACAGAGAAUGGAGAAUGUAAGUGGGCAGCUGAAGGAUCAGAGUGCAGAAGUGCAGGAAGGACAUCAGGCCAUUCUUAAGGACCUGGCUGUGGUCCGAGGAAGUGCUCAGGACAUCCAUGAGAAAAUGGAGCUCAAUCUGAACAGCUUCCUGCAGCAGCAGAACACAACGGCUCGGUUCUACUCGGAGCUCAUGACGAAGCUGGAGCGCAUGAAUGGCACUCUGGGAUACAUGCUGACAUAUCUGGACAAUAUGCAGCAUCGCCUGGAGGACAGACUGCUGAUGAUCCAAGGCUAUCUUGGCUGGGCAGGCCUGAGUCUGCAUGCUCUGUGGACGUGUGUGAUGCAUGCUGGUUACUUCCUGUUGUCUGCGGUGCUGCUGUCGUUCCUGCAGUGUGCCACGUUCUCCCGCGUCUCUCUGCUCCUCCUGGUGCCAAUCAAUGCGAUUGCAGAGAUCAACCAGCAGUCUGCGCUCGACUUGCUCUCGCUCACUAUGCUGCUGUUCACACUUUCUUUAGGUCACUGGUUUGUCCUGCAGAUGCUUUGGGCGUUGUCUAAAAUAAAGGGCCAGACCUGCAGUCCUGCUCCUCUCCCUAUUGGCCCUCCUAAAGAGAAGACUCCAGGAAAACGGAGCCGAUCAACUGAGAACUGGCAGGUGUCCUCGUCCACUCCUGUCCUGAAUGAUCCAGGCUGUGAUUUGGAGGUUGAGAGUUUCAUGAUGGGUGAUCCAGACAUACUGUCCAUGUCCCCAUCUCAGUCUCAUGGUCCAAAGUUCAGGCAUCUAAUCACAGGCACACCCAACCAUUCAACCCCCAGACUCAAGAGUCGCCACAGCAUUGGAGCAGCCAUGCUGGACUAUGUUCCUCAGAAGAACCUAGUAGGUGUGCUGGAGACCGUGAACCACCCCAGAAGCUCAAGCCCCAACCAUUCACUUGCCAGCAACAGUUCUUUCUCAGGUCGCCUGCUGUGCAGCGGUAUCACUCGGCUGGGUCAGCCGUGCAAAAAGAGGGCUCUGGUGGGGCAGGACUACUGUAGAUUACAUGAAGGUGGUCACACCUCCUACAGUCGACUCAGAAAUGAAGUCCAUUAGAAGACAAGAAAUGCUGAAUCCAUUUCUGUUUGCAGAAUGUUCACUGGAUGCUGGUGCACUUUUCUCUUAACUUCUUUGUGUGUGGUAAUUUUGUCUUUUGGUUAUAGUGGGUUUUAUUUCAUGUUUGUUGUAGUUACAUUUAUAGAUGUAUUCUGCAUUAUUUAUGAUCAAUUAUGUAAAGUAAGAUUAAGAUGCAUGCUUUUAAAUUCCCAAGCACUUGUAGAUGUCACUGUGCUGUCUGUGAAUGCAUUAUGUCUUACAAGCAUUUAUUAAAGCUUUGCUAUUU